CAGGGUGACAGACGGAGAGAUGACAGACUGCCAAGGAGACGGAGAAGGAGCCAGCACUCCAAUGGAACUGUAUGAGAGACUCGGUGCACAGGGGGACAAAGUCAGAUCAUUGAAAUCAGCCAAAGCUGAGAAAGCUGAAAUUGAUGCCGCCGUCCAGCAGCUGCUGAUGCUGAAAAUGGACUACAAAAAGAUGACGGGUCAGGACUACAAAGCACGAUGCCCACCAUCAGAAGACGUGGCUGUGGCGAACAAUGGGCCCGCAGCAGAUGGCGUCAGUGAGGAGGACACAGUCGACCCUUGGAACGUUUCAACCACAAAUGCCAAGGGAGUUGAUUAUGACAAAUUAAUAGUGAGGUUUGGGAGCAGCAAGAUCGACAAGGAGCUGGUGGAUAGAAUAGAAGAAGUUUGUGGACAGAAGCCCCAUCGCUUCCUAAGAAGAGGGGUUUUCUUCUCACACAGAGAUAUGCAUCAGGUACUUGAUGCAUAUGAGAAGCACAAGUCCUUCUACCUGUACACCGGCAGAGGCCCGUCCUCAGAGGCCAUGCAUGUCGGUCACCUCAUCCCGUUUAUCUUCACUAAAUGGCUUCAGGACGUUUUCGACAUCCCCCUGGUGAUCCAGCUGACUGACGACGAGAAGUACCUUUGGAAGGACCUGACUGUUGAAGAAUGCCACCGCUUUGCCAUAGAGAACGCCAAGGAUAUUAUAGCCUGUGGCUUUGACCUUAACAAGACAUUUAUCUUCUCUGACCUGGACUACAUGGGUGCCUGCCCUGAAUUCUACCGAAAUGUGGUGAAGAUCCAGAAGCAUGUGACAUUUAACCAGGUCAAAGGAAUCUUUGGCUUUACGGACAGCGACUGCAUCGGGAAGAUCAGUUUUCCAGCAAUCCAGGCCGCACCCUCCUUCAGUAACUCCUUCCCUCAUAUCUUUGGAAGCAGAAAAGGCAUACAGUGUCUCAUUCCUUGUGCCAUUGAUCAGGACCCCUAUUUCAGGAUGACCCGUGAUGUCGCUCCAAGGAUCGGUUAUCCAAAGCCAGCACUGCUGCACUCCACCUUCUUCCCUGCCCUGCAGGGGGCGCAGACGAAAAUGAGCGCCAGCGAUGCCAACUCCUCCAUAUUCCUGACGGACACACCGAAGCAGAUCAAGAACAAGAUUAACAAACACGCUUUUUCCGGAGGGAAGGACACUGUAGAAGAGCACAGGAAGUACGGCGGGAACGCAGAUGUAGACGUCUCAUUCAUGUAUUUGACUUUCUUCCUUGAGGAUGAUGAAGAGCUGGAGAAAAUCCGACAGGACUACACCAGUGGAGCUCUGCUAACAGGCGAACUGAAGAAAAAAUUGAUUGAGACUCUGCAGCCGAUGAUUGCCCAGCAUCAAGAGAGACGCAAACAAGUCACAGAUGAAACAGUGAAGCAAUUCAUGACACCCAGACCUUUAAAUUUUAACUUGUAGCUCGGUGGAGCGCCACAGAUCCAUGUUUAUUGUACUCUACUAUUUUUCAUUUAAAGUAAUCUGUAAUGGGUGGAAACAUUGGAAGGAUUGUGUUCUUAAUAAGCAUGGCAAUGUUCAUGUGGAAUCAAAUGCACGUUUGUGUUCCUCAUCUGGAGCUCUCUACAAAGUAAGAGGCAUGUAAUCUAAAAGCUGCUUAAAGACGAACAAAAGAAAACUCAUCUGCUUCGGAGGUCUUCUGUGGAAAAAUUCCUUUUACCAAGAGAUGUUGUAGUCUUGUUUUUAUAUGAUUGUAAAAAUUAGAGGUGUUAUAAUCACACAUUCAUAGCAGAAGAGUUUUAGGCAAUAAACAAUGUGUCAGUGGCUGCAUUUCUAUUCCCAGCAAUAUUCCAAUUUGGGGCAUUUUUCAGAAACGGAACAAUGAAGUUUUGAGCUUUUCAGCAAACAAUUUAAAUGCGUUGGAAAAACUAAAAAAAAUAAUUGGA